AUUCUAAUAGAUAGUAUACUGAGAGUAGCCAACUAGGCACAGCUAAAAUACAUUAAAUAUAUUAUAUUCUUAUAUAAAUCUACUUACAUUUUUGGUUUAUAAUUCCACACUAUUUUGGUUCAGUGUGCAUUGCAGGUGCCAAGAUGGAGACAUCUUUUGUUGCAAUUCAUGUUGAUUAGUGGCCGGUGAAGGUCGACUCCUGUUUUCCUAGCCUCCCUAGCUUUUCCCUUUUGAGAACCUUUUCAGCUGGUUGUACGGUGUGAGAAAAGUUCACAGCUAAUUACAUUGGUUAGUUAAAAGUUUAGGCACAAUUAUCAACACUUUUCAAGGCGCGACAUGAUGGGGCAUAAAAACUUAGCAGACACGCCCCCCGCCGCCCACUAUAUAAGACCAACGCAAAGGUCUGACCACAAACAGUUCCAAUUUGAAAAUUCUGUGUAAAGUUCCCGAAAAAAGUGAAAUAAAAUGGAAACGGCAAGGGAAAAUACAGGCAGGACCUUUAUGGAAUUGAUGCGAGUGCCAGUACAAUUCUACAGGACCAUUGGAGAGGAUAUCUACGCCCAUCGUUCAACAAAUCCCCUAAAAUCGCUUCUCUUUAAAAUCUAUCUAUAUGCGGGAUUUAUAAAUUUCAAUCUGCUGGUGAUCGGCGAACUGGUGUUCUUCUACAACUCGAUUCAGGACUUUGAAACCAUUCGAUUGGCCAUUGCCGUGGCUCCAUGUAUUGGAUUUUCUCUGGUUGCCGAUUUUAAACAAGCUGCCAUGAUCAGAGGCAAGAAGACACUAAUAAUGCUGCUCGAUGACUUGGAGGACAUGCAUCCAAAAACCCUGGCAAAGCAGAAGGAAUACAAAUUGACGGACUUUGAAAAGACCAUGAAACGUGUGAUCAAUAUAUUCACGUUCCUCUGCUUGGCCUAUACGACUACGUUCUCCUUUUAUCCGGCCAUCAAGGCGUCGGUAAAAUUUAAUUUCCUGGGCUACGAUACCUUCGAUCGUAAUUUUGGUUUCCUCAUCUGGUUUCCCUUUGAUGCCACGCGGAAUAAUUUGAUCUACUGGAUCAUGUACUGGGAUAUAGCCCAUGGGGCCUAUCUAGCAGGUAUUGCUUUUCUCUGCGCCGAUCUUUUGCUCGUCGUGGUCAUUACCCAGAUUUGCAUGCACUUCAACUAUAUAUCUAUGCGAUUGGAGAAUCAUCCAUGUAAUUCGAAUGAGGACAAAGAGAAUAUUGAGUUCCUUAUUGGCAUUAUCAGAUACCACGACAAGUGCCUUAAACUCUGCGAACACGUCAACGAUCUCUAUAGUUUCUCUUUGCUGCUUAAUUUCCUAAUGGCUUCCAUGCAGAUUUGCUUCAUAGCCUUUCAGGUCACCGAGUCAACAGUGGAAGUGAUUAUUAUUUAUUGUAUUUUCUUGAUGACCUCUAUGGUUCAGGUGUUUAUGGUGUGCUACUAUGGAGACUCUUUAAUUGCCACGAGUCUGAAAGUGGGAGAUGCCGCUUACAAUCAAAAGUGGUUUCAGUGCAGCAAAUCCUAUUGCACCAUGUUGAAGUUACUUAUCAUGAGAAGUCAGAAACCAGCUUCAAUAAGACCGCCGACAUUUCCGCCCAUAUCUUUGGUUACCUAUAUGAAGGUCAUCAGCAUGUCGUAUCAAUUUUUCGCCUUGCUUAGAACCACAUACAGCAAUAAUUGAAUUAGUAAAGAGCCUCUCUCUGCACUUCUCAAAUCAGCCACUUGCUGCGAAUCGAAUCGUUAAUAGGGAUUCAGGGAUAAUCAGAAUCUCUUCAACAAUCCACACCCAACACAGCUCUUGCCUGCAAAUCAACGCCAAUCGCUACAUCUAAGGCAUUCGAACUUAAUGACGCCCUCGACACGCUUUGAUAAUAUUUAAUUAAAAAUCGCAUUUAAAAUUAAUAAGCUUAAAUGGAGACCAAUAGCGCCUGGCCGAGCACGAAAAUCCGGCAUACGAGCCAAACAAAAUGGUAUUUUUUUUCAAAAGGAAUAUUACAGCACCGUUUCACAUAAAAAAGCGCCUAGAACGGGGACGCAAAUAAAAGCAGCAAAUGGGGAUACCAACCAACCAAAAAGAGAACUCCCCAUUCUGACCUGGUAAUAAAAGGAACAACAUAAAACGCAAUCACAAUCAUCGACAAUAAUCUGGCAGCAACAACCAACAAAAAAAUGCUUAUUAUAAAAUUUCACAGUUUUUCAAUGAGCAAAAAGGAGGAGCAGAGCGGAGGUGGGUGUGGCAAAAAGUGGGCGAGU